UCUCAAUCUUCACAAAGUGAGAGGAACUGAGAAAGAGUGAAGUGAAGGGCUUCGCAGCUGAAGAUUAGACUCCAUGUUGCUCCAUGCUGAUGGAAAUGAAAGCCCUUUGUGCAAGCCGCUUGUCCCUUUUUUCAUCUCUCUUUAGAGGAACUCUUUGCGUCACGAGGACUCGACUUACUUUUCCUGAGAAACUCUUCUUUUGCCAAGCAAAACAUGCAGCUUUUUCUUCUGGAAAUGAAUCAUUCAACACCAUAGUAGUGCCUCCAACCCUGUUAGCUGCUGAAAAAGAAGAAGCCAAAUCUGUGUUAUCCUUGUUCUUGAAGAAACAAGGUCUAAGCAAGGUAGCUGCUGCAAAAACCAUCACUAAAUCAGAUCUUUUCAUCGACCACCUUGUCUCAAGGCUUCAUUCUGUUCAUAAAUCUCGGUAUCUUGUAGGAAGAGAGCUCACAACUCUUGAGAUCAGGGACACCCUUAUUCCUUAUAUUGAAUCCCUUCUUGUAGAGAAUGGAAACAGUGUCGUAAAUUUAGUGGAGGAUUUUCCUAAUACACCUGUCAAAUACAAGCCAGCUGCGUCAGUCUCUCAACACCAUUCCAACUCUGACUCCAAGAAGCCAAAAGGGGUCUCUAAUGCACCUGUUAAAGAAAAGGCAGCUGCUUCAGUUUCUCAAUCCUUUUCUGCUUCCCUUGACUCCACGAAGCCAAAGGUGGUCUCUAAUGAACCUAGUGAAGAAAAGCUAGCCACGUCAGUUUCUCAAUCUGGUUCCGCUCUGGACUCUAAGGAACCAAAAGCUGUCUCUCGAAUGAUUGAGGUUGGCGCAGUUGGAGAUUUACACCCUCAAUUCCUCUACCUCUUAGAGCUUGGCAUGGAUCUCGAGCAGAUCAAGUUAGCUACACGAAGAUAUCCUGGUUUUGCCAACUACAGCUUGGAGAGUAAAAUCAAACCUAUGGUAGAAUUUCUUCUAGAUCUUGGGGUACUUAAAUCAGACAUUCCUAAAAUUCUUGUCCAAACGCCUCAUUUAUGCAGACGUAGUAUAUCUGGUAAAAUAAUACCCCUCAUGUCAUACUUAGAAGAUAUGGGUGUGGACAAGAACCAGUGGGCGAAAGUUAUAUACAGCUCCUCAGGACUCCUCACUCAUAGCAGGCAGAAGGUUCAGGAAAUCGUUGAUUUCCUCCACAAGUUAGGCCUAUCAUCCAUGAGUAUAGUUAAAAUCUUGAUUCAAUGGCCAAGGAUCGUUGGUUACAAUGUGGAGGAGAAUCUACGACCAACAGUUGAGUACUUCCGUUCAUUAGGGGUUGACGUCCCCAUGCUUCUUCGAAAAUCACCACGGACUCUCGGUCGUAGUAUCGAAGGCAAUCUGAAGCCUGUGACUGAAUUCUUCUUGGCAAAGGGGUAUCGCGUGGAAGAUGUUCGGACCAUGAUUUCGAGAUAUCCAGCUUUAUAUACUGUUAGCUUUACAGAGAACUUGAUACCAAAAUGGGAGUUCUUUUUGACCAUGCGUUAUGAAAGAUAUGAGCUGGUUAAGUUCCCUACAUAUUUUGGUUACAGUUUGGAGCAGAGAAUAAGGCCAAGAUAUGUGCUUGUAAAGGAGUCAGGAGUCAAAAUGGUGCUCCCCAAGAUGCUAUCUCUGUCAGGCUGUGACUUUGAGAAAGUUUUGAAGAUUAAAAUACUGAAAAUGGUUAUCACCACAUGACUCCUCGGCAUGAGAAAAACUUACAUAAGACAAUCUUACCAUAUCAUCUCUUAAAUUCGGUGGUCUCACCACAUUACUAAACCGACGUAGGAGAAACUAUCAAGUUGGGAUAUUUGAUGUGGAACAUUCUAGUGAUACAACUGUAAAUGGACAGUCGAUCUAAUGUCAAAAGACUCUUAGAAUGUAUGAAAUUACAAAGGUUUGCGAAAGAACCUUGUUUCCUUCUUUCUUUCAAAUG